AUGUUCGCCGUCCUGCUCGCCCUCGCCGCCCCGGCGCUCGCGACGAUCUAUACGACGAACCCCGUCGCCCACACGCAGGCAUACGGCGGCCAGGUGCUCCGCGUCGACUGGGUUGACGACGGCGAGGCGCCGAACCUCCCGGACAUUGGACCGUGCAGCAUCGACCUCUGCAUCGGCUCUGAGACUGACCAGCGUUGUGUCCAGAACCUCGGCGAGAGCGUUGACGUCUCGGCCACCUCGAGCAUCAGCACCACCAUCGACCCCAGCGUCGGUGAGAACGGAAAGUACUACUUCAUCCGCUACCGCUCCCUCGGCCUCAAGGAGGGCGAGUACCCGUACCAGCAGUACUCGGCCCGCUUCCACCUGAACUCGAUGGAGGGCAACUUCGACGAUGAGGUCAAGCAGCUCGCUACCAGCAGCACGGACGACUUCAUCUGGGCCACGGGCACCGGUGCCAACGCCUCGCCUUCUGGCUCUGCUGCCGGAACGACGAACCCCGGUGCGGCCGGCGCCUCCCCUUCUGCUGGUGCUUCCGGAGCUGGUGCGGUCGCUGCGGCCCCUUCGGGUUCCGCUACGCCGUCUGGAUCCGGCAAGGCCGUCGCCGACACUGCCAGUUCUACCUCGACCUCAACCCGGACCUCAACGACAGCUACCCGUGCCUCGGCGUCGGCCUCGCCCUCGCCGUCUGCCGACUCGGGAGUGGCCAAGUUCGCCGCCCCGGGUCUCUUCACCCUCGCCGCCUGUCUUGCAGCCUACAUCGCCGUCUAA